UCGUGUGUACGUGGGGAAGUUUGCGCUGUCAAGAUCCCACCGUGGACACGGAUCACACAGGUCAACUUCUGGGGGAAAAUGGUGAAAAUUUCGGUGGUCAAAACCAAGGCUUACGCCGACCAAAAGCCAGGAACGAGCGGAUUAAGGAAGAGAGUCACUGUCUUCCAGAAGAAUGAACACUAUGCUGAAAAUUUCAUUCAGAGCAUUAUUUCCGUCGUCGAACCUGGAGUGAGGCAAGCCAGCACUCUGGUUGUCGGUGGGGAUGGAAGGUUCUUCAUGAAAGAUGCCAUUCAACUCAUCGUGCAAAUUGCAGCAGCUAACGGGAUUGGCCACCUUGUUAUCGGCCAGAAUGGCAUCAUGUCCACCCCAGCUGUGUCCUGUGUGAUCCGGAAGCUCAAGGCUGUUGGAGGCAUCAUCCUGACAGCUAGUCACAAUCCCGGUGGCCCCAAUGGAGACUUUGGCAUCAAGUACAACAUCGCCAGUGGAGGGCCUGCUCCAGAGGGCAUCACAAACAAGAUCUACGAUAUCAGCAAGAGCAUCACCGAAUACCACAUCUGCCCAGACCUCAAAGUGGACCUGGCCAAAAUCGGGAAGCAGACCUUUGAGGUGGACACCUUUAAGCCACUUACAGUGGAGAUUGUGGAUUCUGUGGAGUCCUACGCUGAGAUGCUGAGGGAGAUCUUUGACUUCAAAGCCCUGAAGGAGCUGCUGUCUGGCUCCAACCAUAUCAAUGUCCGCCUGGAUGCCAUGCAUGGAGUGGUGGGACCUUAUGUGAAGAAGAUUGUCUGUGAAGAGCUUGGCUCUCCUGCCAACGGGGCCGUCAACUGUGUCCCCUCAGAAGACUUUGGCGGUCACCAUCCUGACCCUAACCUGACGUACGCUGCCGACCUGGUCAAGGCCAUGAAGGGAGGCGAAUAUGACUUUGGAGCUGCUUUUGAUGGUGAUGGUGACCGUAACAUGGUGCUGGGCAAACAUGGCUUCUUCGUGAACCCCUCUGACUCUGUGGCCGCCAUCGCAGCCAACAUCACCUGCAUCCCCUACUUCCAGAAGACCGGCGUGAAGGGACUCGCCCGCAGCAUGCCCACCAGCGGAGCUCUGGACAAUGUGGCCAAGGCUCUGAAGAUGCAGCUGUAUGAGACUCCUACUGGCUGGAAGUUCUUUGGUAACCUGAUGGAUGCUGGCAAGCUGUCACUGUGUGGCGAGGAGAGCUUUGGCACUGGCUCUGACCACAUCAGGGAGAAGGACGGCCUGUGGGCCGUGCUGGCCUGGCUCUCCAUCCUGGCGCACCGCAAACAGAGCGUAGAGGACAUCAUGAAAGACCACUGGCAGAAAUUCGGCCGCAAUUUCUUCACCAGGUACGACUACGAGGAGGUGGAGUCAGACGGUGCCAACAAGAUGAUGCAGGAUCUGGAGGCGGCCAUGACGGACAAGUCCUUCAUCGGGAAGAAGUUCACCUCUGGAGACAAGACGUACGAGGUGGCCAUCGCUGAUAACUUCAUGUACACAGACCCAGUGGAUGCAAGUGUUUCCAAAAACCAGGGCCUGAGGAUCAUCUUCUCUGACGGCUCCCGCCUCAUCUUCCGUCUCAGUGGAACAGGCAGCGCUGGGGCAACCAUUAGGCUCUACAUUGACAGCUAUGAGAAGGACCCAGCAAAGAUCAACCAGGAAGCAGCGGUGAUGCUGGCUCCUCUGGUGGACAUUGCACUGAAGGUAUCCCAGCUCCAGGAGAGGACUGGCCGUACCGCCCCCACUGUGAUCACAUAAAUGCCUUAUCCCCUACUCCUCUACCAUCACCACCUCUCCAAUUUCCCCACGUCCAUAUCACCUCACUGAUACUGUACCAUGCACUGCCAACACUGGAUAGUGAAACUAACACAAAACAUUACACAUAAUGAAAAAAAAUAAAGAAAAAAAUCAAAAAGAAAUAAUGUGUUUCGUUAUCAUCUAGAUUCUAGAACUAAUUAAAGGCUUUCCAGGAAGCAUUUUCUGGAUUUCUCACUGAACGAAGAUAAAUGGUUCUCCGCCCAAAUGUCAUCAAAGGUAUUUCUGUGGGUUUUUGGACGGUUCUUAGUGGUCAGCCUUGCAUCCAUUUGUUUUGCUGUCAAGGGCCUGAGUAUAGAGUUGCUGUUAUCUUUGAUGAAGUACUGGUGUCAGCAGCCCACGCUCUAACACAGUAC